AUGAAUGUAAUAGGCGAUCCAGCACUAGGUGGCCUCGCCGAUUGCGACGACUUGUUUGGUCCAGUCGCUACCAACUGUUCAUCUCCUCGAUUCGACUUUACCCUCAAAUUCGAGCAAUCCAUCCUCACUAUCGCUCCAUGUACGCUCUUUUUUAUCUGUGUGCUGCCUCGAAUUGCGCAUUUGUUACGGGAGUCGCCAAAAGUAGUUCGACUUUCUCUGGAUCACCUCAAAUCAGUGAUAUAUCUCUUGUUUAUUACACUGCAAUUGUCUUUGGUCGUUCUUUGGUCAAAAUACCAGGGGCUGGCCACUUCAAUCUCAAUCACAGCGGCGACAUUCACCCUAGUCGAUGCAAUCGCAUUGGCUGCAUUGAGCCAUCUUGAGUACCAACGCUCAGUUCGUCCUUCCACAAUAAUCAUCGUCUAUCUUAUUUUCUCCAUUGCAUUUGAUGCUGUUCAAUGUCGCACCUUGUGGUUAGUCAGGGCAGAUGCAGUCGCUCCAGUAUAUACAGCCGCGCUAGGCGUCAAGGUCAUUACGCUCUUUCUCGAGCUCAAGGAGAAGCGCAGCAUCCUGCUGCCUCCAUGGAAUCAUGUCAGCCCAGAAAUGACUGGGAGUAUCGUUAAUAGAAGUCUUUUUUGGUGGCUGAAUGACUUACUUAUCCGGGGCUUUCGGGCAACCCUUUCCGACAACUCGCUGUAUGAUACAGACGCUGCAAUGAAGUCCACGCAGCUCCUCGGCCAAAUCCAAGCUGCUAGGGUCAAAUGGUCUGCUCCUAAGCUCGAAUUUUGUCGUCGUAACAAGCUGCUCUUUGCUCUGCUGGACUCUAUCAAGGGGGCGCUCAUCUUAGCCAUCUUUCCUCGCUUCUGUUGGAUUGGGUUCAAGUUUGCGCAGCCAUUUCUCUUAACCCGCGUUGUCAGCUAUAUUACCAACGAAAAGGGGGAUGAUUUACAGAAAUGCACAGGUUUCGCUCUUGUCGGUGCCACAGCUUUGGUUUACCUGGGCAUAGCUAUCUCAAAAGGCGCUUACCAGCAUCAGCUAUUCCGCUCUUUAACUAUGGUUCGGGGAGCUCUUGUUUCUAUAGUCUAUAUUCACACGCUUGAUGCAAAUACGAUAUCGGUCACUGGUGAUGGCAAAUCCGCUGCCCCAAAUUCCGCUGCCUUGACACUGAUAGGCCCCGACGUCAUGGCCAUCACCGGUGCAUUAGAGACUAUUCAUGAGAUAUGGGCAAACCCAAUUGAGAUUGUCUUGGCCAUAUGGCUGCUAUCUAGAGAAACUGGUCCUGGAUCUGUUGGUCCAGCCGUUGCAGUCAUCAUGUGUACAUUCGGCAUGACAAAGCUUUCCAAGCGAAUGGGGCCAGCGAUGAAAUCAUGGAACGUUGCUAUACAAACUCGAAUUAGCACUACAUCUGGAAUUCUCCGCAACAUGAAAGAGUUCAAGAUGCUGGGCAUUAUAUCCUACUGGAUGAACAGUAUUCAGGCACUACGAGUUACCGAGCUCGACCAAUCUAAAAGAUUUCGUACAUUGAUCACAUAUAUGAACAUGUUGGGUAAGAACGGUGCACACUUUACUGUCACUUCAGCCUUCACAUCUCUCUCUAUUAUCGGUCUGAUCGUCGCUCCGCUCUCACAUCUUCUAUAUUCUGUGCCAUCCUUCUUCAGCUGCCUAGGCUCUUUUGAGAGAAUUGAGGCUUUUGCUAAUAAGAACAUGAUGGAGUAUCCACAUACAUUGCCCUCUUCAAACAGCGGCAUGUUCAACAGCGACACUGAGCUUUCAGCUAUCACUUUCCAAUCUAGGCGGCAGGCUAUUCAAGCAACAAAUGUCUCCUUUCGUGUCUCUGGACAUCAAGAGCCAAUAUUGAAGAAUCUUACGUUUUCUAUAGAGCCAUCCACCUUCACUAUUAUUACUGGCAAGGUCGGGUCUGGCAAGUCUAUGCUACUCCUCGGCAUUCUGGGCGAGAUGCAAGCUACUGGCGAGCUGCAAGGCUCUCUUGCUGGCGCUUCAUAUUGUUCCCAGCAGACUUGGCUUACCAAGGCUUCCAUUAAACAAAAUAUUGCCGGUCCGGAAUGCGGCAUUGUGGAUGAUGACUGGUAUCACACGGUUGUUGUGGCCUGUGCUUUGACAAGAGAUUUCCAAGAACUCCCCUUAGGUGACAAUACAAACGCCUUGACACUCAGUGGCGGCCAAAAGCAGCGCGUUGCGUUGGCACGCGCUGUGUAUUCCAGAAAGCAAGUUUUUGUUGCCGAUGAUAUCUUUUCAGGUCUGGACCCAGACACACGACGGCAUAUUUGGGUCCAAGUAUUUGGCCCAGUGGGGAUUUUACGCCAGUUGCGUACGACUGUCAUUCUUGUCACUCACACACUUGAAUACCUCCGAGAUGCCGAUCAGAUUAUUAUUCUUGAAAAGGGUGAAAUCGCCCAUCAAGGAUCAUAUACUGUCGUCCGUGAAACCGCCACUCAUCUAGUCAACCAAGAUGAAAAGGACCCCGUUCCAUCGCUCAGUCCAUCGGAAACUAGUGAGCAAGUAUCAGCGAAAGCCCACGGUGAAUCCAGAGACGAAGACGAGCAGGAAGCGGAAGAUUUGGCUAGAACAGGAGAUUCCGCACUUUAUCUCCUCUAUUUCCAGUCUAUUGGCUGGAAACAUGCCUUGGUGGCUCUAUUUACCGCAAUGAUGCCGGUAUUCCUCCAGCAAUUCACUCAAAUCUGGCUCAAAUGGUGGACCGAAGCAAGUGACGGUAGCUCUCAGACCAAUAACGGAAUGUACUACAGUGUUUACGUAGCACUUUUGUCCCUCUUUAUUCUUACUACAGGUCUUGACUGCUGGUUUAUGUUUGUUAAGGUCAUUCCUCGCUCAGCUACAUGGCUACAUUGGAAGUUGCUUGAAACUACAUUGAAGGCUUCGAUGGCAUUUUUCCACCGCACUGACAACGGCGACUUAAUCAAUAGAUUUAGUCAAGACAUGACACUUGUUGAUCGCGAACUCCCUACUGCAGUCUAUACUACUGUUGCCGCCAUACUCUUAUGCAUCGGCGAGUUCAUCUUGAUCGUUCUCGGAGCGAGGUAUCUCGCAGCGACUCUACCUGUUGCCCUUAUUAUUCUGUACUCAUUACAGAAGUUUUACCUCAGUACAUCUCGCCAACUCCGAAUAUUGGAUCUGCAGGCAAAGGCGCCUCUUUAUAGGCAACUUCUAGAAACGAUUGAGGGUCUGGCAACUAUCCGUGCGUUUCGCUGGCAAGAAGCGAUAUCUCAACAAUCGCUAGAAUUACUGGACAUUUCUCAGCGGCCGCAUUACCUCCUGUUAUCUAUCCAGAGAUGGCUUACGCUAGUGCUUGAUCUCUUGGUCACGGUCUCUGCUGUGCUUCUAGUCCUUUUCGCAGUUGUAACCAACUCUACGUCGCCAGGAUACAUGGCUGUCGCAAUGUAUAGCGUCAUGGGCUUCAGUGAGACUCUUUCAAAUCUCCUGACGUCGUGGACGGCGCUUGAGACUUCUCUCGGAGCCAUCACUCGUCUCAGAGAGUUUGUCAAGGCGACGCCACAGGAGAUCGAGCCUACACCAGACGGCCGUGUUGAACCACCACCAUCUUGGCCAUCACAGGGUAGAAUAGAGUGGCAGAAUAUUGAAGCCACAUACCAGAUAGAGGGAGAGGAGAGGAGGACGGCUGUUCUGCGCGAUGUAUCACUGACCAUUAACCCCAGCCAGAAGGUUGCCAUCUGUGGACGGACGGGCAGCGGCAAGUCUUCUUUCCUCUCGACAGUUUUUAAGCUGGUCGACUACACGGGCAUCAUUAACAUCGACGGACUGAAUAUUUCCAAAAUAUCGAACGAAGAGCUGCGCGCUCGCAUAAUUGUUGUUUCGCAGCAUCCCGCACUCCUCCCGGGCACCUUGCGCUCCAACCUUGUCCUCCCGAAUCGCAAGGCCUCUCCCCCAUCUACUGAGGAAAUCAUCGCGGUGCUAGAAUCACUCGAGGUUUGGGAUGCUAUUCAGCAAUUUGGGUCCCUCGAUACCGACACCGAAAACUUGUCGCUCUCCGUUGGCCAGCAGCAGCUCGUUUGCCUAGCAAGGGCAAUCCUCCACAAGAAGGAAAGCAACAUUCUCGUCUUGGAUGAAGCAAUGAGCGCGGUAGACGGUGCGACUGAGAAAUUGAUGGUAGCGGCACUGGAGAAGGAGUUUGCGAACCAUACAGUGCUGUCCGUGGUGCAUCGCCUCGAUACUGUUCGCAAAUAUGAUACUUUGGUGGUUUUGGAUCAGGGCAGGAUCGUGAACAUUGGUUCGCCCAAGGACAUGAUUGAUGGGAACGGCAGAUUGACAAGGAAUGGCACCGAUAUGGGCUGA